AUGGCCGGCGCCGCGGAAGGGGAGGCUCGUCCCCUCGUCGUCGUUGGAAGUGGAGCGCGCCAGUCAGACAAGGUUUCUGCCGCGGCCGCGGAAGCGGAGACUCGUUCCCUCGUCGGAGCCAAGGUGAUGGGGCCUCGCCUCAGCCUCAGCCUUUCUCCGGAUGCUCUGGACCUGAUUGCGAGGAGGGAGGUCUUGCUCUCGGAGUGGGCCUUGUCGGAGCCAGAGCCAGAGCCCUCGCCGUCGCUCCCCGAAGCUUCAGCGUCGCCCUGGUCCCUGAUCUUGUCCCGUUGCCUACCAUCAUCCCUACAGCCACAGCCUGAGCCUGAGCCAUUCGACAGGUUCGAACACAACUGGAACAGUUCUAUGAUGAUGAUGAUGAUGCCGAGCCCCUCUGAGGUAGCAGCAGCUCAAGAUCAUCAACUUGUCAUGGAAUGCCUUCGCCAUUAUAACUUAAAUCAUCCGGAAAGUGUGUACGUACCUGCCCCCGGCAAGGUGACCAGAUACAGCAGUCCUCACAAUGGUUCUUGCUGGACUCAUGGCAACUUCGUCGCUAGCCCCAAGCACUCUGGCUACUUCUCCUUACUGCCCCCUAGACCAACUCUCUUCUUUUAUGAGCUUGUUACCAAAGAUGGUUUUGAAGGAGUUGUUUCGUGCACCCCGCUAGAUGAGCCAGUUACUGAAGCCUACAGUUUGUUUGGCCUUCAUCUUGGGUGGGGAACUCGUCGUGAUGGCAGUUCGGAUUGCCUUUGCAAGACAUGCAACCGUCUUGUUGAUAGCGAGGUUCCUUCUGUGGGGAAAGCAUUUCCGUGUGGACAUUACAAGGCAGAGCAUGUUUGUCAGAUGUGCUAUCUUCAGUCUGAAGUGCUGCAUCCAUCGCCAGAAAAAUUUGCGUUUGGAAAAUGA